GUCACGGCGAGGGACUGAGCUGAACGUUCAGCAGCGGGCGGAGAGAGAAGAGCUCAACUAGACAGCGAGCGAUAAACACGAGACGCGAGCGAUAGCUGUACACCUUUAGUCACACAGUUGAAUCUCUGCCCGCAACAAAAUACCAGGAUCGCUUUUUCGACGAGGAACUUUGCGCUUUUGCUUUUCUCUGCCCCGCAGGAGAGGACGAAAUCAAUAAAAAGAAUCCAGGGAAGAGAUCGAGAGACGCAUGAGGAAAGUUUUCCUACGCAAAAACAAACUGGACGGAACUGUGCAGAAAUCGUGACGCAUAAGCCAUGCACUGGUCGUACAGCGUGGGAUAGUUAUUCUGUUGUCGUUCAUUUGAAGGAAAUGCCUUUUUGGUGGCUUUCGUCAACCUCCACAAAAGUUUAACGCCGGGAACGCGAUAUUAUUCUAUUCGACAGAAAGCGCGUGAUUCUGAACGGAACCUUUCUUGCGCGCGCUUAGAGCCGCUAAUUCGUUCACUUCGCUGGAAAAUCUGUUCCCUGUCGUUUAGUUUGGGGGACAGACAGGACACAGGAUAUACAUUUUGUCCACUUUUCCUUCAUGGCCUCCUCCAGGAUGUAUAUUCUUGUGAAAUGUAUGCUGAUCUCCCAACUUGCGCUGUUAAUCGCGAAGAACAGUGGAGCGCUCAUAUGUCUCCCCUGUGACAAGUCCAAAUGCGAGGAACCCAAGCAGUGUACCGGGUCGGUGGUCCUCGGGAUCUGCGGCUGCUGUUCGGUUUGCGCCAAGCAGAAGAACGAGAGCUGCGGUGGGGUUUACGGACUGUACGGGACCUGCGACCGGGGGCUCCGGUGCGUCAUCAGACCCCCGUUAAACGGCGCUUCUAUCACGCAGUAUGAGGUCGGAGUUUGCGAAGAUGAAAACUGGGAUGACGACCAGCUCUUGGGCUUUGAGCCAUGCAAUGAAAACCUGGUUACGGGCUGUAACAUCAUUGAUGGGAAGUGUGAAUGUGACAGUGUGCGAACAUGCAACAACCCAUUCGAGUUUGCCAGCCAGGAAGCCUGUCAGACGGCCCUGCAGAAGAUUGAAGAGGAACGACCAGACUGUUCCAAGGCAAGGUGUGAGGUGCAGUUUUCUCCACGCUGCCCGGAGGACUCCAUAUUAAUUGAGGGAUACGCUCCACCGGGUGAAUGUUGCCCUCUGCCCAGCCGCUGCGUGUGCAGCCCAGCCGGGUGUUUACGGAAAGUUUGCCAGCCGGGGCACCUCAACAUCCUGGUAUCCAAGAGCUCAGGCAAGCCUGGGGAGUGCUGUGACCUCUACGAAUGCAAACCAGUGUUCAGUGUGGACUGCAGCACAGUAGAGUGUCCACCAGUGAAACCUCUCCAGUGUCCAGCUGACAGCUAUGAGACUCAGGUCAGACUGACAGCAGAUGGCUGCUGCACCCUUCCUACCAGAUGCGAGUGUUUGCCUGGCCUUUGCAGCUUUCCACAGUGCCCACCGGGGUCUUCUCCUCAGGUUGUGUCCCGUGGUGAUGGGACACCCGGGAGGUGCUGUGAUGUGUUCCAGUGUGUCAAUGAGACAAAGGCGGCCUGCACUUUCAACGGAGUGGAGUACCACGAUGGCGACAUGUUCAGGAUGGACGCCUGUCGCUUCUGCCGCUGUCAGGGAGGAGUAUCUGUAUGUUUCACGGCCCAGUGUGGCGUACUGCACUGCGAGCGCUACUACGUACCCGAAGGAGAGUGCUGUGCCGUCUGUGAAGACUCCAUCUUCCCGGUGCUGAAUUUUGCCGGAUGCUAUGUGAACGGGCAGAUCCUGGCUCAUGGAGACCACUGGCGUGAGGACGAUUGCACCUUCUGCCAGUGUGUGAGUGGAGAGGCCCGAUGUGUGGCGGCCGCCUGUGGCCACAGCUGCCUGAACCCUGUUACGGUGCCAGGAGAGUGCUGCCCCGUGUGUGAAGAGCCCACAUACAUCACAAUGGCGCCCCCUGCCUGUGGCUCACUGGACAACUGUACGCUGAUGGAGAAAAGCUGUCCGUAUGGAUUCAGAAUGGACUCCAAUGGAUGCAAGAUGUGCAACUGCAAGACCAGAGAAGAGAUGUGCAAUGCUCUAAUUGCCAGUUGCACUCUCAAAUGCCCUUUUGGCUUCCAGACCGACGUCCACGGAUGCGAGAUUUGCCAGUGUCGCCCACGUCCCAAAAAGUGCAAGGCUGUGUCCUGUGUCAAGAACUGCCCGUUCGGAUACAUUAAGAACAAGCAUGGCUGUGACACCUGCCGUUGUAAGAAAUGCCCUGAGCUGCCUUGUGACAAGUCCUGUCCAAUGGGCUUCCAGCAUGAUGAGUUGGGCUGUCUGAUUUGUCAGUGUCGAGAUCAGAGCUCAUCAUCUGUGGCUCCAGCAGUAAAACUGGGAUCCUGUCUGUCUAUGGAUGGCCGGAGGCACGAGAACGGCCAGAGUUGGCACGACGGCUGCCGGGACUGUUACUGUCAUGCCGGGAGAGAAAUGUGUGCCCUUAUUUCUUGCCCGGUCCCCUCCUGUGACAACCCCACCAUCCGAACUGGCCACUGUUGCCCCACCUGCCCAGAAGAAGAGUCCAGUUCUCAUAAGCCAGAGCUCAGCGAGGCAUCGGUGUGUUUGGCCCCUGGCGGCGAGUACUUUGUGGAGGGAGAGACGUGGAACAUUGACUCCUGCACUCAAUGUACCUGCCAUAGCGGUCGCGUGCUCUGCGAGACGGAGCUGUGCCCGCCCCUGCUCUGCCACAAUCCAAUCAGAACGCAGGAUUCUUGUUGCCCUCACUGUUCAGAUGAUCCAGUCACCCCUCAGACGCCCAGUAAUGACAGUAUGCCCAGUUACUGCAGGAACGAGGAGGGUGAUAUCUUCCUGGCCGCUGAGUCUUGGAAGCCUAACGUCUGCUCCAGCUGCGUUUGUCUGGACGGAUCCAUCAGCUGCUUUUCUGAGUCAUGCCCACCAGUCAACUGUGCCCGUCCCGUGCUUAGGAAGGGCCAGUGUUGCCCCUACUGUCUAGAUGCCACACCUAGAGCCGUGUGUCAUUUUAAUGGUAAGACGUACAUGGAUGAAGAGCGAUGGGACAUUGACAGCUGCACUCAUUGCUACUGUCUCCAAGGCCAGACCCUCUGCUCGACUGUCAGCUGCCCCGCCUUACCCUGCCAUCAGCCAAUUACUGUAGAGGGCAGCUGCUGCCCCUUGUGUCCAGAGACUUAUGCCCCUACAAACGUGCCCAUUGAGAAGACAGACCAACGAGAGGACAAGCCAAGACAUCAACCGGCCUGGCCCACUCACAGCGAAAAUGAUAUCAUGCCACAGUUCAGAGGUGAUUUCGGGAGCUUGCAGAUGCCAUAUCUAGAUGGCAGGAGGCCAUUGCCAAGUGAGGAUGCUGGUCUGCACUGGGCCUGGGUGGCACUACCUAUACUAAUGAUGAUGCUCACUAUCGCCGCCCUGCUGUUGGUCAACCAGCGAAAGCAGUGGAUCCCAGUGCCUUGCUACCGCACACCUACAAAGCCCACGUGUCUCAAUAACCAGUUGGAGUAUGUGGACUGCCAGAAAAGGCCGAAGGUCCAGGUGGACAGCCCUCAGCGCAUGCUCCGCAUCGCGGAUCCCGACUCAAGAUACAGCGGCUACUACAGCAUGCAGAAACCCAACAACCUGCAGGCUGACAACUUCUACCAGACCGCGUGAGAAAUGGGAGAGCGAGAGAGAGUGAAUGAUCGAGAAAGAGAGAGACUGAGCACGUGUUCAGCUGCUUAAACCUUUGCGGCGCUAAUAAAAACUAUAUAAAAGCCGUCAAUUCAAGCGGACAGAGAAGAUAUCCUGGUAAAGAAUAACAAUUAUAAUAUUCACUUAAAUCACUCCAAGCAAAAAAUACAGUAUAUAUUACACGUCAACACCGACAACUUUCACCAGGAGCAGCAAGCUGCAACUAUGUAACCGAACCAAACAUUAACCGCGUGUUAUUGUUCAAUUGGAAAAGACUCUUCCAGAGUAUUUUUGUGAAUCGGAGAUAUGAUAGGUUGAGCAUCUUUUUUGUGUGUGAGUGUAAGAUUAUGUGGAUGUCCAGGCACAAGUUGAAGGUAGUUGUGAAGUCACAUGCGUGUCGUUGAGAUUAGGACGACCUUUUAUUUUUUAUUUUAUUCGUAAACAAUAUUUUUCCUGCAUUCCUACUUUUUUGUUGGAUAAAAGAGAAAGAGAGAAACAUUUUGUGUGUUAACACAAUGCUGAACCAAAGCUUCUCUGUCUGAAGUACCUGAUCAGCCCAGAGAGGGCGCUGUGGGACGCUUACUUCCCUGUGACAGAGGGAAUGCUGGACUGUGGUUAAAAAAAAGAAAAGAGGGAAAAUAGCAUGCAAGAAAGUCUGUUUACGCAGAAACAUUUUUGUAGGAGAUGCUACUGUAAGAUUUUUAUUUCCCCAGUGCUGUGGUCGAGUUUGGCCGAGCCUUUUUUGCUCUUAUAAGACGAAUGGAAGAAAAUGGAGUAAGCUGUUAUACUCCGUGGACAUAAGAUCUUCCUGGUAGAUGGAGGUGUGGGGUCUCUGUAUUGUAUUUUCGCUUACAUGUAUGAGCGUUUUCUCAUUUAACCGUACAAACACCAUUUGUUCUUUCUCCCACAACUAAGGGCAAAUUGACUUACACUUCUACCAAUAUAUAUUUUACUGAAACGAAUCGGAGGUUGUGAACGUGAGUAAACGUGAGAAAACAUAGAGAUAGUGGUUUGGUUUUGAGGUUAUGCUUUAGAAGUGCUGCUUUUUGCUUUGAUUCAUUAAACCUCAUUUUGUAGGGAUGAAAACCAGUAGUAAGGAAUGUGUGUGACCUUAAAGAAAAAUGUACAACGACAAAAUCAAAGGGGCUCGUUCGUGAAACAUGAGCAGAAGAAAUUUUUGUCUAAAUUGUAAAUGUUAUAAAUUGUCGACAAUCUAUGCAAGAAUGUUUUUACCGAUGAUAUCUGCAGCAAACAAUACACACAAAAAUACUAAAUCAUUGACAAUAUGAACAAUUACUACAUAAUAGUAGUUCCUUGAACAAUUUACAAAAUUUCCGACAAUUGAAAAAUGUUUUUUAAAACUAUUUAUACAAAAACUGGUUCUGCCCAUGUUUUAAUGAAUGAGGCCCAAAAAUCCAAUGAUCCAAUGAUUUUUGGUAGGGGGUUGCAACACACGUAUUCUGCUUUUAAAUAUGUAUUUUUAUUUCUUUUAUUUGUACUUUUCACCAGACUGCCUCCUUUCAUGGAAGCUUCAAAAUGUUACUGAGGCACCUUGUGUUCUGGUUUUCUGAAACCAAUUUGGCUUAAAAAUCCAAAACUAUUAUAGCGAUGUACAUAAAAAGACAUGAAAUAUUAUGUGAGUGUAUAUGUACAUGUGUAUGUAUAUGUGUUGGCAUGUGCGCACACACAAACGCACAUGUACGCACACGUGACUUCUCUUCAUCUGUAAAGUUCUUAGUUAAAAUUCCUAAUGAAUGUAUUUAUGAUCGAGAAAAUGAUAAGAUUUAUAUAACGGCAAGCGGAGGAUGACAGGCAGUCCGUUGCCUUUUUGUUUGACGUUAAAUCAAAGCACAGCUGAUGAUGAUGAUGAAGAUACAGAAAGACAAACAUCUCAUUCUUUGUAUGUAUUUUUUCCCUUUUGUUUGCCCAGAUCUCAAAGCUUUGCCCAGUUGAACUAUAACUCAAAUACAUUUUUGAAUUUCAAAAUUCGCUCCGAAAAGAUCGGAGUAAAAAAAUCACAUUGCCACAUUGGACGAUAAAGUUCUCAUUUUGUUUUCCUUGUCGUGAGUCCAUACAGGUAUCAGAACUACUGGAAUGUUGAUGGACAUAAGCUAUUGAAGUGAGGGCAGGGUAGUGGGCGGGCCGAGGGGGUGGGGCUGUAGCUAUGUGAUAGUUUGUCUUGGUUGUAUCUUUAUCUGGUAUGUGUUAUUGUUUGUAAUACAACUUGGCACUUUUUAUAUAUAGAGAGAGAGAGUAAGAAAAGUAACCUAUGUGUUUCUUUUGUUUUGUUGUUUUGUUUUUUGAACAAACCUGUUUAAAAGAUAAUGUUGCCCUUGUUUUUUGUUUUUUUUCCUAAAACCUUGUGGGACCCUGUGCAGCAGUAAUUGGGUGAAUCUCACGAAAUAUGUCCACCCCUAAAUUAACAAAUAAGAUGCACACGCACGCACACAAUCAUUAAGAUUUUUUUCUAUUGUGAGAUCAUUUAAUGACAUUUAAGCAAACCCCCCCCCCCCAAGUGUAAGUUUCCAUACUUUCUAUUAUACAUUGUAAUUCAGUAGUUUUUGUUUAGUAUUACAGUAAAAUACAUACAAUAAUACAAUGAUUUACAAGCAUAAAGAAAAAACGUACUGAAACUACUAUGGUAUAUACAUAUUUUAUACUUUAAAGGUGCAGUGUGUAAAUUUAAGCGGCAACCAACGGCUCAGUCCACUGCUCACCCCUACUUUUAAAAUGCAUAGAGAAGCUAUGGUACACACCACUGGAAAAAUAUGUAAUUGACGGAGACAACUUAGUAAAAAACUUUGUCCAUUAAGGGCUUCUGUAGAAACAUGGCGGCACAAAAUGGCGACUUCCACAUAAGGGGAUCCUCUGUGUAUGUAGAUAAAAACGUCUCAUUCUAAGGUAAUAAAAACAUAACAGUUUAUUAUAAAAAGGUCUUUAUACACCCCUGAUAAUAUAGUUUUGUAUAUUAUUAAAAGAUCCUUCUAAAAAUUACACACUGCACCUUUAAAUAAUGUUUUAUUUUGCGAUACAGUACUAAGAAUUAAAAGUCUUUGCAUCAUUGAAAAAGAAACGCUGUAAAAUAGUAAGUUACCUAGUUGGCUUAAAAGUUUGAGUUAAUUCAACGUAUAGUUUAAAUAUUAGUUUACACAACAUCUUUGAGGUAAUAUUUUUAAGUUGAAUUAACUUAAAAUGUUAAGGCAACAAUGUUACUUACUUAUUUAAGUUGAACCAACAAAUCUUUUUUUACAGUUGUGACAGUUUUCAUAAGAUUCACCCGAUAAUGCAAAGGUUUCAGAAAUUGAAUCUAUAACUGCAACAUAUUCAUAAUCCUGUAAUAAAUCUGUCACCAUAUGUUCACAGUAUCAUUUACUGUAUUAUCACAACAGUCCCAAAAAGUCUUGGCUUUAUUUCAAACACAUACAUGCAGAUACAAUUGAAAUAGCACAAAAAAGCACUUGCUUUUGAAACCGUAGACUGAAUACACAGAUCUGGAAAUUUCGCUUCUGUUUAUUCUUUAACACACAUUUCUGCUUGUGGAAAUGAAAAGUAUCAGUCCUGUCUUUCAGUCACGACCAAUCAAAAAGCAUCAGAAAACAGCAAACAAUAAUUAUUAUUAUUAUUAAAGCAUUGGAGAGUAUUGCUUUGGAGGAUUCAAUUACACAUCAUCCCCCACGAAAAUAAGCAAAAAAAAAUAAACAGCAUUUCAACAAGAUGUCAUCAAUAUUUAAUGAGCAAUGUGAGAUCUGUGCAUAGCCCACUUUCAAGUACAAAUGCAAUUUCUUCACACAAAACAAUAUUUCCACCUUAUUGCCUCGUGUUUGGGGUUAUGGAGGAAAGUACAACACCUGCACAUUUUUGGGGGUUCUACUGGGUGGACUCUUUAAUUUUUUUUUUAGUGCAUUCUCCAAGUAUUGUUGUAAAUACUUGAGUGUCACUCGCCAAAACAACUUUAAAAAGGUAAAAAUAAAAAAUGAGGUUUGGAUAAAGGUAAAAAUUUGAGAUGUAAUAUAUUGUCUAUGACCUUAAUAAUUUAUUGAUGAACAAAAAACUGAUCGUAACGAAAGACGCAGUUUCUGUUGUGUCUGCCUCUCAAAGAGCAUUUCAGAGUUUAAGACUUCAGAGAGAGUCAGUUUGUUCUUUACUUUUUGGCUCUAGAAAGAGCAGAGAAAUGUCCAUUUUCCACAAGAUGGUAAGCAAGUGUAUUAAAAUUUGUCCCCUCUCCACCCUCUCGUUUAUUCUUUCCAAAUGAAAUAUCAGCCCUUCUGGAGUUUGUAUACUACUGGUGUUUAAUGUUCAUGUAAAAAUAAUAAUGUCAACAUGGGUCAUGAAAUCGCAGAUUUAUAAAAUGGGUAGAUGAUAUGUUGACUCCUGUAGCACAGCAGAUUUUGUUUCCAGUUUCUUGUAUUAUUUUGUUUGUUUCUUUGCAGCACAAUAAAUACUUUUUAAACAAUUAA